AGAGUUCUUAAGGAGAGAUCGCUAAAGAACUCAGAAACGGACUUUGUCGGAAAACAUUUCGCUUCUAAUCCUUGCCGUCUUCUUCAUUAUGGGUGAAUUGCUUCGGGUUCUGGCUGCAGUGGUCUUCUGCUUACACAGUACAAACGCUGAGAUUCAAUUGACCCGGGAGCCGACUUCCAUCUCGACGUCUCCGGGGAGAACCGUCAAGGCCACCUGUACCCUAUCAGGAGAUACUAUGGACAGGUAUUACACGGGCUGGUACUGGCAAAAACCUGGCAGCGCCCCCGUCCUUGUGUGGUAUGAAACCUCCAGAGCCUCUGGAAUUCCAGAUCGAUUCACGGGUACCGUGGACGAACCGAGUAACAAGAUGCAUUUGACCAUCAGUAACGUGCAAGCUGAGGACGCCGCGGAUUAUUACUGUGCUGUGGGACGCUCUGGUAUAUACACAUUCGCCAAAGGAAUCAAACUGAAUCUGGGCAGUCCACGGCCUCCCGUCGUGUCCGUCCUCCGACCUCCAGCGGAAGAAAUCACAGCAAAGGGCACCGCCACCCUGGUCUGCUUGGUGAGCGGGUUUAACCCGGGUGCUGUGGACAUUGAGUGGACCGUUGACGGCAGUGCGAGAAGUAAUGGCGUUGAGACAAGCCAUGUUCAGCAGGACACGGACAACACGUUCAGUGCGAGCAGUUACCUAACUCUGCCAGCCUCAGUCUGGAGCUCACAUGAGCUUUACUCCUGUGUGGUUAAACACGAGACUCAGGCUAACCCCAUUAAGACAAACAUCGCGAGAUCCGGUUGUAUGUAAUUCGAGCCGUUGUCCUGUUUCUCCAACGAAGUCGUAUUCAGAUACUACAUGUCUGAUUGAUGAAUUUUCAAAUAUAGUAGUUGGGCAUUAUAUCAGCGUGAAUCGACUGGCAGUUUCUUACAUUGGAUUCAUGAUAAACUGAUCAAAGCGUCCGUGCAACUUUACAAAUAAAACGUAAAAUAAUAAAA